GGUUUUGUGUGAGAUGUUGUAAAGAGACUACGAAGCUAACUGUAGGCGCGAGUGUAGGAGAUUACUACCCUCUGAGAAAAAGCCUCACUACCUUCCACAACAAGUAACUUUCUCCUCCAUCUCUGUGAGUACGCUUGAUCGUCAACGAGACUGAUCCAAGCUCUGCGAAAGACCAAAUCUUUUGUUCAGGGUUCUAAGCUCAGAGACUCAGUAAAAUAAAAAGACGACAACUUUUUCUCUGGUUCACAAAGCAGAGAAAGUUUCAUCCUUUAGUGUCUUUUCUGGCAGCGAAACCCUAAAAAAGACCUAAGCUUUUGCAGUGUACGAGGAAGAAGCCGACAUGUCUCAGAGCCUUCUUCACGUUUGCAAAAUCUGCGGAAAAUGGUUCGCAACUGCGAAAGGAGUGUACGGUCACCAGAGGGUUCACUCUGAGUUGAAACGGAAGCCUAGGGUUAGGGUUUGCUCUGUUUCGACCUCCAUCGAAUCUAAAGCCCUUGAUCCUUUGUUGUCGCUCAAAGAAUCUUCUUCUUAUUCUUUUAUGAGUGAGGUUGAGAAACAAGAGAUGGAUGAAGCUGCGAUGAGCUUGGUUAUGCUUUCUGAAGGAGUUUGUGUUGAUCAGCCGAAACAAGAGUUCUUCAGUGAAGUGUCUGCUACUUGCAGUGAUGUUGUUGUUGCUCAGGCGUUGCCUUCUCCUCUGAGGAGUAAGUCGCUGGGGAAACGAGAGUGUAACUUCAGCUAUAGAAUCAAAAUUUGCGGCAAGAGUUUUGAGCGUUCUCUAGGUGGUCAUUCACUGCCUGUGUUGGCUGACUCAGGAGCUAAGAAGGUUGUUCCAGAACCAUCAUGCUUUGAGGUCUCUCAGGAGGAGUUGGUUGAACGUGGAGAUGCUGAUGUGGAAGAACAUUCUGUUGAGGCGAAGCAAGGUUUCAGUAAAGUGUCUUCUCACUCAGGUUUCGAAAAGUCUAGUAGUUACAGUGAUGUUGUUGCUCAAGAAGCGUUGCUUAUUCCAUUGGGAAGUAGGUUGCAGGAAGCACCAGAGAGUAACUCUAGCUAUAGAUGCAAAGUAUGCGGCAAGAGUUUUGGGUGUUUUCAAUCUCUAGGAGGCCACCAAAAUCUUCACAUAGGGGGUAAAAGGAAGAGAUCAGAAGCUGAGAAGAUUGUUCCACAACCAUCAAGCUUCGAGGUCUCUCAGGAGGAACAUUCUGUGGAGUUGAAAGAAGGUUUCGAAAAGUUGAGUACUUGCAGUGAUGUUCUUGCUCAACCAUCAUCUUGCAGAAAGGAUUACAGAGUAACUCCAGCUAUGAGAAUGUUGUAGUUUCACCCUAUGACUCAUCAGAAGCUAAGAAGAUUGUUCCAGAACCAUCAAAGCUUUGAGGUCUCUCCGGAGAAAUUGUUUGAACAUAGAGGUUUGUCUACAUAGAAUCUUCAGUUUAGUUGAACAGAAAGGAUGUGUUGGAAACAUUUGUUGCUCUUUUUUUCCCACUUCGUUAAAGGUGUGUGCAGAUAUAUUGUUGACAUUUUGUACUGUAUGAGUCUUACAGACAUGAUAUAGAAGAAGAGAGUAACCAGCUUGAUUGUCUGAA